UCUCCAGCCUCGGAUCUGCUCAGGAACCUUCAACUCUCCUUGCUGAGGAAGAAAACAUCAUGAGUUGCCAAAUCUCCUGCAAGUCCCGAAGGGGAGGAGUCGGAGGAGGUGGAGGAGGCGCUGGAUUCCGGGGCUUUAGUAGUGGUUCAGCUGUGGUCUCCGGAGGGAGCCGGAGGUCAACCACCAGUUUCUCCUGCGUGAGCCGCCAUGGUGGUGACAAAGCAGGAGGAGGAGGAGGCUUUGGCAGUCGGAGUCUUGUUGGCCUUGGAGGGUACAAGAGCAUCUCUUCUAGCGUGGCUGGCUACGGUGGUGGUGGAUUUGGCGGCAGAGGUGGCAGCGGCUUCGGAGGAGGCCAAGCAUUUGGAGGUGGCCGAGGAUUUGGAGGUGGCAGCAGCUUCGGAGGCGGCAGUGGCUUCGGAGGCAGUGGAUUCGGUGGGGGCGGCUUUGGUGGAGGCCGCUUUGGAGGUGGCAGUGGCUUUGGAGGUUUUGGGGGCCCAGGAGGAUUCCCUGGUGGAGGCAUCCACGAAGUGUCUGUCAACCAGAGCCUCUUGCAGCCUCUUGAUGUCAAAGUAGACCCAGAGAUCCAGAACGUGAAGUCUCAGGAGCGGGAGCAGAUCAAAACCCUCAACAACAAAUUUGCCUCCUUCAUCGACAAGGUGCGCUUCCUGGAGCAGCAGAACCAGGUGCUGCAGACCAAGUGGGAGCUGCUGCAGCAGCUGGAUGUGGGCACCCGCACCACCAACCUGGACCCCGUCUUCCAGGCGUACAUUAGCAUGCUCAAGAAACAAGUGGACGGGCUCUCCACAGAACGGAGCGCGCAGGACUCAGAGCUGAGCAACAUGCAGGACCUUGUGGAAGACUUUAAGAAGAAAUAUGAGGACGAAAUCAACAAACGCACAUCUGCCGAGAACGAUUUCGUGACAAUUAAAAAGGAUGUGGACAGUUCCUACAUGGACAAGACAGAACUGCAGGCCAAGGCGGACAUACUGACUCAGGAAACCGAUUUCCUGAGAGCACUCUAUGAUAUGGAGCUGUCCCAGCUACAACAGAACGUCACUGACACCAAUGUCAUCCUCUCCAUGGACAACAACCGGAACCUUGACUUGGACAGCAUCAUCGCUGACGUUCAGAGUCAGUACGAGAUCAUCGCCCAUAAGAGCAAGGCUGAGACCGAUGAGCUGUACCACAGCAAGUACGAAGAGCUCCAGGUCACUGCUGUGAAACACGGGGACAGCCUGAAAGAGAUCAAGAUGGAGAUCAGUGAGCUGAACCGUACCAUCCAAAGGCUGCAGGGGGAGAUAGCGCACGUGAAGAAGCAGUGCAAGGGUGUACAGGACUCCAUUGCAGAGGCAGAGCAGCGUGGGGAGCAUGCCAUCAAGGACGCCAGGAACAAGCUCACUGACCUGGAAGAGGCCUUGCAGCAAGCCCGAGAGAACCUGGCCCGGCUGCUGAGGGACUACCAGGAGCUCAUGAACGUCAAGCUGGCCCUGGAUGUGGAGAUCGCCACCUACAGGAAGCUGCUGGAAGGAGAGGAGUGCAGGAUGGCUGGAGACUUCAGCGACAACGUGUCUAUGUCUGUGACAAGCAGCACCAUUUCCUCCUCUGUGGCAUCAAAGGCUGGCUUUGGCUCUGGAGGUCAAAGUUCAGGAGGAAGAGGAUCUUAUGGAGGAGGAAGCUCCUAUGGCUCUGGAGGGAGGGGCUCAGGCUCUAGAGGAGGAUCUGGAUACGGAUCUGGAGGAGGCGGAGGAUACAGCUCUGGAGGCGGCUCCAGAUCCGGAGGAGGCUCUAGGGGAGGAUCCGGAGGAGGAGGCUACAGCUCUGGAGGAGGCUCCAGAUCCGGAGGAGGAGGCUACAGCUCUGGAGCAGGCUCCAGAUCCGGAGGAGGAGACUACAGCUCUGGAGCAGGCUCCAGAUCCGGAGGAGGAGACUACAGCUCUGGAGGAGGCUCCAGAUCCAGAGGAGGCUCCAGGGGAGGAUCCGGAGGAGGAGGCUACAGCUCUGGAGGAGGCUCCAGGAGUGGAUCUGGAGGAGGAGAAUACAGCUCUGGAGGAGACUCCAGAUCUGGAGGAGGCUCCAGGGGAGGCUCCAGCUCUGAGAGGGGUGGUUCUGUGUCAGGGGAAGGUUGCGGCUCCGGGGUGACCUUCUCCUAUAGAUAGACAUGGUCCCCUCCCUACUCUUUGAUUCCAGAAUGUCAGCUGUAUCUCUGCAUCUCUAACUCAGAGUAACCCCAAUAUUUGUAACCCACCUCUGAUAGCAUUUAUUUUUUUCUGGGAGAGGGUGAUGAAAGAUCUGCCCUAAACAACUAGAGUCAGAGACGCUGUGUUCUGGGAAAGAAUCUGUGUUAU